AUGAAUCCAAUAAGUGCAUGGGGUCACUCGACGUUAUGGAAAAAGCAUGCACGAAAUCAGUCAUCUCCAUCUAGCACGUCAACUCGUCGAGAUACGCCACGCACAUCACCUCUUCAAGUGAUAGAUAAAAAUCAAGCACUAUGCUCGCCAAGACAAAUCUGUGACAACAUUCAGCCCGAUACUCCCAAAUCAAUUGCAUCGGAAUCAUUAGAGAGUAUACAUGAAACUGAACAAUCAGAUGAAAAAUAUCAUGAAACAUCAUCAGCAUCAGUGAUGACGCUUGAAGAGUGUCUUGAAGAAAAAGUCGGAAUUACUCGUGUUCUAGCCGAACGUGCCAAACUCGGUCCAUUCUUGCUGGAGUCCACCGAACGACCAGUUAUUGAUAACAAGAUUGAAUUUAAAGAAUCGGCCGAAGCUAUCAGACACGACAGCAGAUACAAAUCACGAUCGCAUCUGAGCGAUAAUAUCGAAUCUCUCAAAAAGGACUAUACUGCCUAUGAUUUAAAUGACAUAGAUAUUCUUGCAAUUCGUCUAUAUACAACAGCUAUAUCUUAUGUUGUCAACGAAGCAUUACGUAAUUAUUCUCUGUAUGAUACACCUGUGCCACCAAUCUACCAACCGUAUAUCUAUGCUCUUCUGAAUGCUUUUGUCAAACUGGACAGAGACAGAGUCAUGAACGAGGCUCGCGGUUAUCAUUUUGGACAUUGGAGUGUAACUCGCUAUAUCGCUCCGUUAAGUCCGGCAGAGAGACAAGCUAUGCAACCGGUACUCGAUCUUCAUCAACCGGGCACCUAUGUUAUGUAUCCAGGAUUUACUUCAGCGUCAGUAGCUGAUCAAGCCAAAAGACUUUGGUCAGAUGGAUUCGAGUGUCGAUUUGAAAUUAAAGCGUUAACAGCGAUCAAAGUUGAAGACUUUGCAGUUCAUUCGAAUGAAUACGAAGCUGUUUUUUCACCUGGAGCUAUCUUUCGUGUGCUUGAACGUGAAGACCCAUACUUCGAAAUAGAAGAAGUUUUACCACAAAAUCUUCAAGAGAGACUAGCUAACCUACCAUGUUGA